AUUGAUUUUCUUUAAAACGAAACAUAAUGAAAUCGACGUUUUUAAAACUUCGUCUUGUUCAAGUAACUGUAUCUGUUCUUUAUUCCCUUGUCGCGUUUGGAAAUACUUGUGGCCCAAGUGAAUAUAAAUCAGCUAAAGGGGAUUGUUGUCCAAUGUGCAAUAUAGGGUCAGUGGUUUAUCAUGACUGCAUUGGGGAUUUUAGCACAACCUGCAUACCAUGUUCACAUGGAAAGUUCAUGGAUAAACCCAAUGGUCUUUAUAAUUGCUCUAUAUGCAAACACUGUAGUGAAAGUAAAGGCCUUUACAUUCAGAGUCAAUGUAGUACAAUAAAAGACACCGUCUGUGAUGUGCUUGAUGGAUAUCACUGUACUGAUUUCACCAAUUCACAGUGCCAGCAUGCACUAAAGCACAGUGUAUGUGAACCAGGAGAAGAAAUAAAAACACCAGGAACAAAGACCGCAGAUACAGUGUGUGAGGUCUGUCCUCCUGGCUUUUAUUCUCCAACAGGUGUAAACUGCACAAUAUGGACAGAUUGUGCAGCCAAGAAUGAGAUUGAGACAAAAGCUGGCAGCUCUAUAACAGAUGUCACGUGCAUACAGCAGAAACGGAGCAGAUAUUGUAUUAUUGCAGCUGUAGCUGCAGCAGUCAUACCUGUAGCCAUAAUCUACUUCUUAGGAUCACAGAUAACGCAGUGGAUUACAAGUUGUGAAUUGAAACAUCCUAUAGAAGAAACAAACGAAGGCUGCCAACCCAGUACAUCACAUCAGAUGCCAUAA